CGGACGCGGAAUUGUGGAUGUUGCGGAUCAAAUCGGGAAAAUGUCGAAUUUAAACGUUUGCCGGCUUUGUUUAAGAGAGGAAGAGCUCAAUCAACUCAAUCAGGAUGACGAGAACAUUCUGCAGAUGAUCCAGUUGCUGAUGUCGCUAAACAUAUGGGACGAUUCCGGAUCGAUGACCCUGUUCCUGUGUGUGCACUGUGAAACACUCUUAAACCAGUUCCAGCUUUAUCGUGAAGAGUGCAUCAACAAUGACAAGAUUUUCCGGGAACGGCUGGCGGAAGACGCCGAGCUGAGAGCGAACUAUGAGCUUGACGAAAUCAGCAAACAAAAUCCGGUCGAAAUCGAAGUGGAUGGAACAAGGUUGUCCGUGAUAUUCGAAGAUGAAGAGCCACAAAUGGUGACACGUCAGCGACGAACGGCACAGAAACCGUCCAGACCUCCACAGGCUCCGAGAGUGAAAGAAACGCAGCCACACGAGAACGUGCGGUCAAAGACAAAAGUAGACCAGCAGGCUGAACGGCUGAUGGCUUGUAAGCAGUGCGGAAAGAUGAUCGUUCGCAGCAAUAUGAACAAGCACCUGGCAACGCACGAUCCGGAUCGACCACGGAAGAGUUGCCCGCACUGUGGCAAGAUGUUUAAGGACUCGCAGCUGCUAAGCGUCCACAUCAACAGCCAUCACACGUUCGAGAGGAAGUACGUGUGCGAUGAGUGCGGUGCGGUGUACUUACGGCCCAACUCACUCCGGGAGCAUAAGCUGGCGAAACACUCUUCCGAGGCACGGUACGAGUGCAAGGAGUGUGGCAUGAAGUUUUCCAAUUUCUCCAAAAAGAGCCAUCAUUACAUAGCGGUGCACACGGAUGAGAAACCGUUCGCCUGCCAGUACUGCGAUAAAGCCUUCAAGUUCAAGUGCGAUCUGACGAUUCACACUCGAGUUCAUACUGGCGAAAAACCAUUCAAGUGCGAUAUUUGCGGGAAAUCCUUCAGCAAGAGCUACAACGUGGUUAUUCAUAAGAAAUCUCACCGAAAUGUAAAUUGAAUAAAAACGAAUUCAAAAAAGGCCGGAAAAUCUGUUCAGAAUUUUCCGGCUUCUGUCAGAACGCAUUUCAGAAUCGCUGUCAAAGUAACCCAUUCAAGUGCGAUAUUUGCGGGAAAUCCUUCAGCAAGAGCUACAACGUGGUUAUUCAUAAGAAAUCUCACCGAAAUGUAAAUUGAAUAAAAACGAAUUCAAAAAAGGCCGGAAAAUCUGUUCAGAAUUUUCCGGCUUCUGUCAG